CAAAAACAAAAAAUUAAGUGGUGAUUUAUUAAAUAAAAUAAAAGUUGCAUAGUUUUUUUUCUCUCCCCCUUUUCUUCGUCUUUCUUAUCUCACAGAGUCACAGUGUCAGCUCCAUUCAACCAAACCCUAAUUUCACUCCACUCUUCAGGUGCCGCUUCACUCUGUUCCCAAAUUCCUGUUUCCAAUUUCCAUUUCUCUCUGCCGGAGCAACCGGUUUUGAUCCACCGCGUGCGAUGAUUGCGACGGCGUCGCCGAUCUGCGUGUUUGGUUGCCGGGAAAAUUGAAAAAAGCAAAUUCGAUUUCUCUCUAGUUUUUUUUUUCUGUUCAAUUUUUCGUGUUUUUGUGAGGGAAUCAACGCACUUGGAUAUAUGUCCUUCAAUCAUUCAAAGUCCGACAGGAACGACCCCGCCGCUUACCGAAAAACUGGGCGAUCCACGAGCUUCAAUCAGCAGAGAGGUUCAUCAGGUGCCCAUGGAAGAGGUGGCGGUGGCGGCGGUGGUGGUGGUGGAUACGCGCCGGCGAGCACCUCUGCUUCAUCACUCUCGUCAUCCCGGAGUUUUAACAAGAAGUCUAAUAAUGCACAAGGUGGGCAACCUAGGGUAAACCCUUCCCCAGUGAACUCAACAGAGUUUAAUUAUGCUUCUGCUGCUCGGAUCACAUCUAAUGGUACUCAUGUACAGCCGCAAGUACAUGGAGCAUCUGAUGGGCCAGUUACGAAGUCGUCUGAAUCAUCAGCUGCACAGAGAAGUUCUAGAGUUGUUUCUAAAGCUCCAACUUCUCAAAAGUCCUCCAUGAGCUCUGAUACAGCUGCUCCUCCUAGCCCUGCUAAGGGAGGAGAUGCAUCUAAUGUGUUCUCUUUUCAAUUUGGAUCAAUUAGUGCUGGUGUUACGAAUGGGAUGGCAAUUCCUGCUCGUACAAACUCAGCUCCUCCCAAUUUAGAUGAGCAAAAGCGUGAUCAAGCUCGUCAUGAGUCUUAUAGAUCUGCGGUUUCAGCGCCAGUACCUCCUGUUCCAAGGCAGCAGCAACCAUCUAGGAAAGAUGCAGGUUUCACUGAACAAUCUAAUGCAGGGGAGCCUUAUAUGGGGACAAAAUUUAAACAGGAUCCUCAGGUGUCAGCUUUGACCCCAUUAAACCAGAUGCAGAAGCUUUCUGUUCCUGCCUCUGGGAUUUCAAUGGUGGCGUUGCCAUAUCACCAGUCACAGGCAUCUUUACAGUUUGGUGGUCCUAAUCCACAGAUUCCAUCUCAGAGUUUGUCAACAGCAUCCCUUCAGAUGCCCAUACCUAUGCCUUUACCAAUUGGAAAUGCUGCACAAGUGCAACCUCAAGUUUUUGUUCAAGGCCUUCAGCCUCAUCCGAUGCAUCCUCAGGGGAUUAUGCAUCAAAGCCAAAACAUGAGUUUCAUUCCCCAUCCGUUGUCCCAUCAAUUAGGCAACAUGGGCAUUGGCAUGGGUCACCAAUAUUCCCAGCCUCAAGGAGGAAAAUUUACUGGUCCUCGAAAACCUACUCCUGUGAAGAUAACUCAUCCUGAUACGCAUCAAGAGCUGAAGCUUGAAAAACGGGAAGAUGCUUAUUCAGAUGGUGGAUCAUCUGGGGCUAGGUCACAUCCUAAUGUACCUUCUCAAUCCCAACCUGUUAAAUCUUUCUCUGCUUCUCAUCCUAUCAACUAUUAUUCACCCAGCUCAUACAAUCCCAGUUCUCUCUACUAUCCACCUUCUAGUUCUCUUCCAAUGACCAAUAGCCUGAUAACUACUAAUUCUCAGCCACCAAUAUUUAACUCUCCUGUGAGUCAUGCUCCACAAAAUGUCGGUUUCAUGAAUUCCCCAUCACUUAGCUCCGUAUCUGUUAGUAAAGCUAACACCCCAAUUCCUGGCAUUGUCGAACCAACUAAUGUAGAAUUUUCCCGUGAUGUGCCUAAUAUGUCAGGGGUUGCUUCUGUGACUAUUAAAUCAAGUGUUGUGUCUUCUGUUGUAGACUCGUCAUCGGCCAAUACCAGUGUUUCUGAUGUUCAAAAUAGUGAACCUCCUGGUUCAUCAUUAAAUUGUGAUGCUGGCUCCACUUUGCCACAGAAAGAGUGUGAAAUUUUGGAUACCUCUCCACAACAAUCCAAGUAUUCCAGUGACUCUUCUGUUUCGGGUUCAUUGCCAAAACAAUCCGUGGCAUCUGUUGCUGUAACUACUGUCACUCCCUCGGUGCUUCAUACAUCUGACGUGAGUGAGGAUUCUAUCUCAGGUGUGUCUAACGAACAGAAAAGAGAAUCUCUUAGCAGGUCUAACUCCUUAAAGGAUAAUCAGAAGAAACCAGGGAAAAAAGGGCAAUCUUCACAACAUCAGGUUUCUGUGCAAUCUCCUGCAGUGGAUAGUGUGCCUUCUCAAGCUGUUGACAGUGGUAUAUCUGAUACUGGAGUUUCUGAAUCUGUCGGAACUAAAACAAAUGAUUAUGUGGGAAUUCCCGAAGAUUCUCCUAUAUCUGAGACAUUAUCUGGUAGCAUUUCUGGUGCUAUUGAAACGAAGACCAAUGGGUCUGGAGAAGCUUCUGCUUGUGUUUCAAGUGAAGGAUCUGAUUCUGGUGCUCUAGCUUCUGGUAGUUUGAACAAUCAUAUGCAUGAUAAGAUAGAUGAAUCAUCCGAAGAUCUGCAGUGUGCUGAUCUUCCUGAAAAGACUUUAAUGGAUGUCAAUGAUGGUUCAGAGAAUUCUGGUGGUGACUCAAUGUCUCUUUCGGUGUCAGGUUCAAAGGAUACAACAAAUUUAGAAGCAAAUAGGGGGAAAACUACUACUAAAGGGAAGAAAAAAAGAAGAGAGAUUCUUCAGAAAGCAGAUGCUGCUGGGUCAACUUCUGAUCUUUAUAAUGCGUACAAGGGACCUGAGGAAAAGAAAGAAGCUGUCUUAAUUUCACAGAGCACAGAAGGUGCUUCUAUUUCUGAAAAUUUGAAGCAAUUUCCAGCAGAAGCUGCUCUGUCAGAUGCAAAAGCAAGUGAGAAGAAUAAUCACAUUAAAGCUGAACCUGAUGACUGGGAGGAUGCUGCUGACAUGUCUACACCGAAGCUGAAAGUUGAUGAAGAACCUCCUCCAGUUAAUGAUGGUACAGCCAAAAAGUACUCUCGCGACUUCCUCUUGAAAUUUGCUGAGCAAUGCCUGGACCUUCCUGAAGGUUUUGAAAUCACAGCAGACAUAGCUGAGGCUUUGGUGAGUGCUAAUAGGAAUAGUUUCCAUGUAAUUGAGCGUGAUUCCCAUCCUAGUCCUGGAAGAAUUGUAGAUAGGCCAGGUGGGAUGUCUCGGAUGGAACGUCGUGGGAAUGUUGCGACUGAGGACGACAGAUGGAGCAAAGUUUCUAAUGCUUUUCAUUCUGGACGUGGUUUGGAUGGAAGUGGAGGUAAUGCAGGAUUUCGGUCUGGCCAAGGAGGGGGUGUUUUAGGUAAUCCUCGUGCACAGGCAUCCAUGCAAUAUGCUGGGGGUGUCCUUUCAUCAAUGCAAUAUGCUGGGGGUGUCCUUUCUGGGCCAAUGCAAUCUGCGGGAAAUCAGGGUGGAAUGCAAAGAAAUAACUCUGAUGGGGAAAGGUGGCAGCGUGCUCCUAGCUUCCAGCAUAGGGGUUUAAUUCCUUCUCCUACUUCUCAAACUCCCUUGCAGUUGAUGCAUAAAGCCGAGAAGAAAUAUGAAGUUGGUAAAGUCUCAGACACAGAAGAGGUGAAGCAGAGGCAGUUGAAAGGUAUCUUGAACAAACUAACUCCCCAGAAUUUUGACCGACUCUUUGAACAGGUGAAAGCAGUUAAUAUUGACAAUGCAGUCACUCUCACUGGUGUCAUCUCACAAAUCUUUGAGAAGGCUCUGAUGGAGCCUACCUUCUGUGAAAUGUAUGCCAACUUCUGUUCACAUCUGGCUUCUGAGUUGCCUGAUUUUAGUGAGAACAAUGAAAAAAUAACUUUUAAAAGGUUAUUGUUAAACAAGUGCCAGGAAGAAUUUGAGAGAGGUGAAAGAGAACAAGAAGAAGCAAAUAAGGUUGAGGAGGGUGGCGUCAAGCAGUCUGAUGAAGAAAGAGAAGCAAAACGAGUAAAGGCAAGAAGGCGCAUGUUAGGUAACAUCAGAUUGAUUGGAGAACUAUAUAAGAAGAGAAUGUUGACAGAGAGAAUUAUGCAUGAGUGUAUCAAGAAGUUACUGGGUCAGUAUCAGGAUCCUGAUGAGGAAGAUGUUGAAGCUUUGUGCAAGCUGAUGAGUACUAUUGGGGAGAUGAUUGACCAUCCGAAAGCCAAGGAACAUAUGGAUGCAUACUUCGAAAGGAUGAAAAUAUUUUCAAACAACAUGAAUUUAUCUUCUAGGGUGAGGUUUAUGUUGAAGGAUGCCAUUGAUUUGAGGAAGAAUAAAUGGCAACAAAGGAGGAAAGUUGAAGGUCCAAAGAAGAUUGAGGAGGUACAUAGAGACGCUGCACAAGAGAGGCAUGCUCAAGCUGGUAGGCUGGGUCGUGGUGCGGGCAAUAUUCAGUCAACAAGAAGGAACCCUGUGGAUUAUAGUCCAAGAGGAUCAUCUAUGUUGCCUUCUCCUAAUGCACAGAUGGGGGGACUCCGUGGGCUGCCUACUCAAGCUCGGGGAUAUGGUUUUCAGGAUGCCCGUUUUGAGGAAAGACAAUCUCAUGAGGCUAGGACAUUGCCAGUCUUACCACAAAGACCCUCAGGUGAUGAUUCUAUGAUCUUCGGACCCAAAGGUGGUCUUGCUAAGGGAAUGUCCAGAGGAUCAACUGCUAUUUCUAAUUUGCCAACAUCUGAUGUGCAUUCUGGCUCUGGAGACUCGCAUAGAACAAGUACUGGUCUCAAUGGUCCUAAUAAUUUAUCAGAGCGCUCUGCAUAUAGCUCAAGUUUGGAUCUUGCGUCAAGAGACGGGAGAAAUGCUGAUCGGAAUCUUGACAGACCUGUUGCAAUUUCACCUCCUGCUCAAUUGCAAGGGACAUUAGUCUCGCAGAAUGCUUCAGAUUCUGAGGCAUUUCCAGAACGACUGCAGGACUUGUCCUUGUCUGCAAUCAGAGAAUACUACAGUGCUAGAGACGUGGAUGAAGUUGCUCUAUGUGUCAAAGAUUUGAAUUCUCCAAGCUUUCAUCCUUCAAUGGUUUCUCUCUGGGUCAUAGACUCCUUUGAGAGAAAGGACACGGAACGAGAUCUUUUGGCAAAACUGCUUGUCAACCUUGUGAAAUCUCAGAAUGGCACCUUGAAUCAAGCUCAACUUGUCAAAGGGUUUGAAUCUGCUCUCCGUACAUUGGAGGAUGCUGUUAAUGAUGCCCCGAAAGCACCAGAGUUUCUUGGCCGAAUUUUCGCCAAAGUGAUAACAGAGAGUGUAGUCUCUUUGAAUGAGAUUGGGCAGUUAAUACAUGAUGGUGGAGAGGAGCCAGAAAGUCUCUUACAAGUUGGACUUGCAGCUGAUGUUCUUGGAAGCACCUUGGAGGCUAUAAGAUUAGAGAAAGGGGACGCGGUUCUAAGUGAGAUCCGUACAAGCUCUAACUUGCAGCUGGAGACUUUCCGGCCACCGAAACCUAUUACAUCGAGGAAGUUGGAGGCAUUUAUUUAGAUGUUAGUGAUGCUCAUGGUAGGCUUUUUACAGAUACAUGGGGAAAUUUUAAUUUGCCAGGUGCUUUGAGGGUACUCAAUUCGCAGGGAUGAUUUUUCUCCGUGAGAUGGGUGGGUAGAAUUUAAUGUAUGGAAUAUCUGUCUUAAUAUUAUUUCUCUGGCAUCUUCUCUGCAAUUGUAAAAGGUUCACUUUGAGCAUUAGAAGUUUCAGGCUGCUAUUUUAUGUCCUCUUUGUAGAUAUCAAAGGUCUCUAUGAGCAUUGAGAAUCUUGAUAAUCUUCUAUCUCGUUUAUAAUUGCGCAUAAUGGUGAAAAAUUUGAAAUGCCAAGUUACUUGGUCUUGUGUUUAUUCGAACGUUAUUAUAUUGAGGGCAUUCAUUUGAACUUUGA